AUGCGUCAGCAUAAUGUCUCAUAACUGGUCGUCUCCCAGUCGAACUGCGCCGUUCAACCCGGCCAGCCGACUAGCCGCGACGACGAAUCUCUCUUCAACAUUUUUUGCAUGGCCAUGAUACAUUUCAACCUCCCAACUUGCACACACGCACAACUUUUAAUCCAUCUCUCCAUCCGCAGCCUGGAGCGGGACGAGGCCGGACCUAAGAGAAGACACAUUUCACGACGCACUCGACAUCAGCAUCAUUUAACAUACAGCAGCAUGCAUUUGGGAAGGCGUUUUAUAAGUGGGCGGGUGACGAAUGAUAUGCAUGACGAGGCAUGUUCAUUGUGUCCUCCGAGAUCAUGGUUUGAUUUUUCAACAAAAACAGGGAAGGCAGGCAGGCAGGCGUGUUUGGAAAGAAUGGAUGAAUUUCAAUCAUCAAUCGGGAGUCAUCUGAAGACCGGGCCGGUUUGGAAGAAAAAGGGGAGAGAGUUGCGGGGGAGGGAUAUGAUCAACCCAGGAUUUUCAUGCAUCACCGAUAUCUCAACGAUACCCAGGGGAAAUGUAAGCAGAAUUCGGAAUUUCUUAGGUUUGUUGACAUCCCUUUUGUUCAGGGGUGGACAGACAUCAACUUCAACAGUGGUUGAGAUACAGGAGAAGAAAAUACAGAAGCUGAAAAUACAGAAGCUGAAAAUACAGAAGCUGAAAAUACAGAAGCUGAAAAUACAGAAGCUAGAAACGGCAGGUAGAAGCCGUGAUCACAUCCAAGCAGCCAAACCGGUGGUGUAUGGCGGGCGGCACGGAACAAAUGAGAGACCCAGAGAUGCUUGAUGUGCGCCAGCCGACAAGGCAAUGGUCUCGUCUAAAACGCGAACGCAUAAUACAAUGGCCCCAACUUGCUGUCAUUGGCAGAUGGCUUGUGAAAA